AUGGAUUACAAAUCGCUAUGUAAUAGCAGGACAGCUGCCAAAGGGCAGGUAACUCGCGUUCAGGAUUGGAUUAAUAAAAAAUUACAGGGUAUUAAGUCGAUUUCAAUUUUUGAAGCAAAAUUAGACAUUGUAGAGAAAUAUUUUGAUAAGUACUCAAUCGCACAAGACUCGAUAGAGAUUUUAGUAGAAGAAAAUGACAAUUUAACAGAUUCUGAAGAAAGGGAGGUAACGGAAGAAAUGAUUAUUAUUAGUAUCGCCGCGCUGAAAGAUUCAAUUAAAAAAUUGUCCCCCUCUAGUAGCUCUACCCCCAUACGCAAUAAUAGUUCUGUACCUGUCUCUCAAGAUUUACAUAGUAAUGUUAAAUUACCUGAUAUUAAGCUCGCAAGUUUUGACGGUUCACCUCCUUCCGAAUGGGGAGGCUUUAUAGAUAUUUUCGACGCUUUAAUUGGCAGUAAUUCUCGGCUUAAAGAUGCUGAGAGGCUCUAUUAUUUACGUAUCUUAGUAAAGGGAUCCGCCCUUAAGUUAAUUGAUACCUUAAAAGUUACAGACUCUAAUUACGCAGUUGCACUUAAGACAUUGAUAGACCGGUAUGAGAACAAAUCUAUUGUAGUAAACGAAUAUUUGUCAAAUAUUGUACAUUUCCCCCAAAUUAAUAAGUGUAACUCUGAGGUUUUGAGAGAGUUUGCCUCAUCGCUGCGCAAGGAUAUCGAAUGUCUCAAUAAUCUAAAUCUCACCGAUAAAGUUUUAACAGAGGCUCUUUUAGUAUUUCUGUUUGAACAAAAAUUAGAUGCAAACUCGCGAAAGUCCUUUGAAGAAGAACGCAAAACUGCUCAAAUCCCCACUCUUAAAAAUUUUUUUGAUUUUAUAGAUAAACGUUGCGUUAUUUUAGAAAAUUUGUCCAGUUUUGAAAACGCUAAUGAGAAAAAGCACAAUGUACAAGAAAAUAAAACGGCCGCGUUCAAACCUAAGGUUAACUUGCAUGCAAGUUGUGAAUCAAAUGCUCGCCCCCUCUCGCCACGAAACCGCCCCCACUCACGCCCCAAUUCUCCGAAUUUUAACGCUACUUGUGUGAUUUGUAACGGUGCUCAUAGAAUUUAUUCUUGCGCUAGAUUUACCGCUCUCCCUCCUCGCGAAAGAAUUAAUAGUGUGAAACAGAAAAAGCUGUGUUUUAAUUGUUUAGGUCAUCAGCACUCAAUCAAGGAUUGCCGCUCAACAAUAAGUUGUUCAAUUUGUAGUAAAAAGCAUCACACUUUGAUUCAUUUAGACUCCCAGGCAAACUCUAACACUCAAUAUGCGCCGCGCUCCCAAACUUAUCAUACGAAUAAUAAUCACACUCACCCACAGCACUCUAUUCUACGACAAAAUAAUUCUUACAACGAUAAUUCAAGGAAUCAUACUCCGGACUCUCGCACACGCCGCUAUUCCCAACAGGACGCACAUUCGCGUCAAAGUACUACGCCAGACGCACAAGAGCGUCCAAACCAAGCCCCCCAAGGAGGUAACCAUAUAAACCGUGGAAAUUGUAGGUCAACACAACCCGAUGUCUCUUACGCGAGCUCGCACAACGCAGUUACACAAAAUAGAAAUCAGGAAUCGCAAGUUUUGCUAGCCACAGCUGAAGUGGUAGUUUUCUCUCACGACGGUCAACCCAUGACUGUUAAAAUGUUAUUAGACAACUGCUCUCAAAAUAGUUUUGUAACAACAAAGUUGGUUGAACAAUUAGGAUUACCCUCUGAAACACAAAAUUUGUAUGUGUCCGGCUUAUCCGGACAAGAAACGCUAAUCUCUCGCGAAAAAGUUAAGCUGGAAAUUAACUCAAAAGUUAAUAAUAGGAAAUUUGUUAUUGAUUGCUCUGUUAUCGAUACCAUUUCACAACGUCUGCCACAGUAUAGUAUAAACCCCGCAAAAUUAAAUAUACCUGCACAUUUAAUUAGUUGCUUAGCUGAUAGCACAUUUGCAGUGCCGUCCGAGAUUCAAAUUUUAGGAGGCGCUGAAAUUUAUUACUCGCUAUUAUCUCAUGGGUUGUUACAUUUAGGUAAAGGACUCCCAUCGUUAAUUAAUACACAUUUGGGUUGGGUGAUCUCUGGUAAUGUCCCCCAACAUUGUCUCCAAAAUACCCCCAAAGAAAAAGUUUACGCGUUUACAGGUAUCUGA